AUGGAAGCAGAAAAGGCGAUGAUGUUUCAACUACAAACAGACGUGAUUCUCCGACGGUUAGAUUUCUUUGUUCUUGUUUUAUUGGCGUUUCUGGGGUGUACACAAGCCGAAACAAAGAACGAAAGUUGUACCUCAAAUUCUACCCUCACAACUGGCAUAGUCGCUAAACUCAAUGAGCCAACGUUAAACAUUACGGAAAGUGCUUUAGGAGGGAGCUUUUUUGAUGGGAUGCAAGAGACUACGGAAGGAAAUAGAGAACUAAAUGCAGUCGGCCUAAACUUUCGCAGUUUUGAAGAAUGGAAAAAAGAUAAGCUAGAUCAUGAUCAAAAGGAAUCAAGUAGACUCAACUAUGAUCAACUUACAAACAUUUCAUCAAAGAAUAACGGCACUACAGAUAUAAAUUCUGAUCUAACAAUUGAGGGCAUCCAGAGUCAGCGGUAUAAAAAGAGGGAGAGUAGUUUACAUCAUGAUGGAUUGUCUACAACCAAUGAUGAAAUAGGUGAAGACAUGAUGAUUCAAUUGGAAAUGUUUACAGGAAAGAACGAAGAACAAGGCAAAUUGUAUAAGGGCAGAUAUAACUACGCGUCCAUUGAUUGUGCUGCAACGAUUGUCAAAACUAAUAACGAAGCAAAAGGAGCCAACUCAAUAUUAGUUGACAAUAAAGAUUCUUAUCUACUAAACGAAUGCAGAUCAAAGAACAAGCAUGUUGUAAUUGAACUAUGUGAAGAUAUAUUGGUAGAUGAAGUAUCAAUUGGUAACUUUGAAUUCUACUCUAGUGUUUUUAAAGAUAUAAAAAUUUCGGUUAGUGAUCGAUUUCCGGCACCUCAAUGGAUGAUACUUGGUGAAUUUCAAGCUGAAAAUAUUAAGAAGUUACAAACAUUUAAGAUUGAAAAUCCGAUUAUAUGGGCAAAAUUUCUGAAAGUCGAGUUUUUAACCCAUUACGGGGAUCAGUUUUAUUGUCCCGUUUCUACAGUUCAAGUACACGGUAAAACCAUGAUAGAACAGUUUAAGGAGGAAAAUCCGGAUGAAGAAAUUGCGACUUUAGAAUCAUCUAUGAUAGAGGAAGAACUUCAUAGCUUGUCAACAGCUGACCCACUGCUUGAGAAAAACACUAGCACUUUUUUGGAGAUGAAGGAUCAAAGUGAAAUUUCCUCAAUGUUCAACUUUCUACCUUUCCCUGAUACGAUGAAUUCAUUAUGCUUUGACGCCAAUCUGACUACUACCGAUGUGGAUUGUUCCACUUUGAAAUAUUUGAAAUUAGAUCAGUUUUUGAUUGAGCACGAGAAUAAGCGAUCUGAUGAACAAUGUCUCGCUGAACCCGAAGUAGGUACUUUGAAUAGAACCAAUGAUCAGGAGAAUAUUACCUACCAAGCGUCCCAGCAAUACUCAAUAACACCUAAAUCCCAGCCUCAAGACUCAAUUUACAAGAAUAUUGUUAAAAGAUUAAGCUUGCUUGAGUCUAAUGCGACUCUUUCAUUGUUAUACAUUGAAGAGCAAUCCAAAUUGUUGUCUUCUGCAUUUAUGGAUUUGGAAAAGCAGCAAUCCCACAAAUUUCAACAAAUCUUAUCACAAUUCAACACUACAAUUAGAUCACAAAUGGAAAUAUAUGAAAAGCUAAGUAUAGAUGUGUACAAGAGUUUUUCAGGAUUAUUCGAGUAUCAGCAACAGAAGUUUGAGUCCACAAAUCUUGAAAUAAUUGAGAAAAUACAGGAAAUAGAAAAAUCAGUGACACUCUAUAAACACUUGACAAUAACAUGUGUUGUCUUGAUUAUUGUUUUGAUUUUCUACAUUCUACUAUCAAAGGAUUUAUACCUUGACGAAGCCUAUAUUGCAGACGCAUCAUUUGUUCCGUCCCCCAAUUUAUCACCGACUACAUCACCCACAGUUUCACGCAGUACUUCGGUGUAUAAUAUGAAAAGAAAAAUCCCACAUUUUUCUGAAAAAGGUAGUGCCAAUGAGCAGUUAGGCACACAUAACCAAGAUUCAAACACAAAUAUUGUGCCAAAGCUAGCACUGAAGUUACGUGAAGGCAACUCACAAGAAUAUACAUCAGCUUUAAACCCAAUACCAACACCAUCUUCAUCAUUAGUAGCUGUUCCAACAUCUACGUCGGUAACACCUACGUCGUCUUCUACAUCUAUAGUGUUAAGGUACAGAAGCUCGUUAUUAGAUACUUUCUCUAAAUCAUGGUCACCUUCGAAGAAGAAGCAUAUUCAAUCACAAAGCAGAUAUUCAAACCGUACGCUGAUAUCCACCAACGAUAUACAAACACCGGAAACAUCUAGAUCGACAUCACCAAUCCCAGUAAUGGAGAGGAUUGGUGCAAAAAAUACAACGGUGAAUAACAAAGUCGCUGACCAAGACAGAGGUAUUCACAGUGCCUUUGAGGAUGAGGAUGUAAACCGUACGUCGGAACCUGGGGAUUUUGAGUUAGUUGUCGAUGAUCAAUAG